AUAAAAUAAAAAAAAUCUAAAUCGGUCGUCUUUGACCUUCAGUUCGACUACACGCAAGUCUUACUUGCAGAUACUAGAUCGUAAUCACCACCAGGGACUUGGGCUUUGUCUUGAUGCCUUUAGAACAUCUCCUGUACGUUGAUGCACACGAUCAGGCCUCGGCGGCGCAGUGGUUAAGCCAUCGGAAUGCAGGCUGAGAACCAGACGGCCAGCAUGGACACUUUGAAAGACAUUGGACUUGGUGUCGCUUCGAUCGCGGCUGUCACUGCGGCUGCGUACUACAUGACGUCAUAUCCGGAACCUGUCCAUCCUUGUCUGGACAUUAACAAGCAGUCAGUAGUUAUGGAGGAUGGUUCCCGGGUGUCGCCACUUAUGCUCAACCAAAACGGCGGGAAACACAUGGUGACGCUAUUUGAUGACGCCACAACUAUCUACGAUUGUUUUCAACGGGGCUUGCGGAUAUCACGACAUGGUCCAUGUUUGGGAAAACGUUCCGGUCCUAGUAAAGAGUACGAAUGGUUAACUUACCAACAGGUGAGCGAUCGAUCGCAGGCGUUUGGCUCCGGACUAAUACAGCUGGGAAUAAAGCCUUCAAAAGAAUCAUUUCUCGGAAUAUACAGCAACAACCGAAUUGAGUGGUUUAUCGCUGACCGGGGAGCUAUCAUGUUCUCCAUGGUAACCGUUCCCCUUUACGACACGCUUGGACCUGACAGCUGUCAAUACAUCAUAAACCAGGUGAACAUUGAACUUGUCAUUUGCGACAGUGAAGCAAAGGUGAAAUUGUUGACUGACUCGGCUUCGCGGAUACCGUCUUUAAAGACUAUCGUUGUCAUGGAUACCAUCAGUAACGAGCUGCAGGAACGAGCAGCUGACGUUCGUGUUAAAAUAAUUUGUUUUGAUGACGUAGAGGAACUUGGUGUGAAGAAUCCAGCACAACAUGUUCCACCGAAGCCAGACGAUCUGAUAACGAUUUGCUUCACCAGUGGAACGACAGGUGACCCGAAAGGCGUCAUGCUGACCCAUGCUAACCUCCUGGCCGCGUUCAGUGCCUUUAUGUACCCAUUACAGUCAGUGUUUGAUUUCGCCCCUCACAACAGUCAUCUCUCUUAUCUGCCCCUGGCGCAUAUGUUUGAAAGAAUUGUUCAGAUGAUGCUGUUCACAAACGGUAUAUCUAUCGGAUUCUACUCCGGCAGUGUGGCUCUGUUGUUUGACGAUCUCCAGACGCUGAAACCUACAAUAUUCUGUACAGUGCCGCGACUAAUCAACAAAUUCAGAGACAAGGUGUACAGCUCUGUGGCUGGAAGUAAACUCAAGUCACUUCUGCUGGAUGUAGCGGUCAGACGGAAAACCGCUUACGUCAAGAGGGGUAUUGUUACAAAAAACACUAUCUGGGACAAACUGGUGCUGAGUAAAAUUCAGAAUCGUCUUGGCGGUCGGGUGGAUCUGGUCAUCACGGGGUCGGCGCCGAUCAGUACUGAUACACUCAACUUCUUCAAGUGUGUCAUGGGCUGCACGGUUGUAGAGGCGUAUGGUCAAACGGAAGUCGUUGCACCAGUCUCAUGUCAGAUUUCUGGUGACGUCACAGAUGGCCAUGUUGGGAGUCCAAUGGUUUGUAAUUCUGUCAGACUGGUCGAUGUUCCUGAACUCGGUUACUACGCAAACGACAACAAAGGAGAGAUCUGUGUUAAGGGAACUAAUGUGUUUGUGGGUUACUACAAAGAACCGCAAAAAACGUCUGAAUCGUUUGACGAACUUGGCUGGCUUCACACAGGAGAUAUUGGCGUGUGGUUACCUAACGGAGCUUUGAAAGUAAUUGACAGGAGGAAACACAUCUUCAAGUUAUCGCAGGGAGAGUACAUUGCUCCAGAAAAGGUGGAACAGAUCUACACGAAAAGUAUCCUGGCAGCUCAAGUGUUCGUUGAUGCUGACAGUUCAAAGCCCUUUUGUAUGGGAAUCGUAGUCCCUGAUCCGGAUACGAUCAUCCCGUGGGCGGUGGAACACGACGUAGUCACGGACAUGCACGAACUGUGUCAAUCUAAGAAAGCGAAGGAUGCGGUCCUGGAGGAUCUACACAUCGAAGGGAAACAGGCCGGUUUGAAGAGCUUUGAACAGGUGAAGGACAUCAAGUUGUGGCCAGAACCGUUCACCGUGGCCAACAAUCUGAUCACCCCGACCUUUAAAGCAAAGAGGCAGCUGAGGCAGAAAUUCAGAAGUGAAAUAGACAACCUGUAUAAAAUGAACAACUUGUGAACACUUGCUGAUCGGUUCAGAAUUGAAAUCGACAACCUGUACAAAAUGAACAACUUAUAAACGCUUGUUAAUCGAUUUAGAAGUGAAAUCAACAAUAUGUACACAACAACUUGUGAACACUUGUUAAAGGUGCGUUCUCAUUAUGCGAUUAGUCGCACCGACUUGUCGCAUGCGAUCAAAUCGUACCACUUAAAUCAGAAUCACCUAAAUCGGAAUUUUGUAUAGCAUACUGAGAACACGCUUAAUCGAUACAGAAGUGAAACUGAACAAAAUUAAUAAUUUUUGAACACUUGCUAAGCGAUUUAGAAGUUAAAUCGACUACCUGUAUAAAAGUAUUAACUUGUGAACACUUGUUAAUCGAUUUACAAGUGAAAGAAGCAAGAGAGUUGUGAACACUUGAUCCAUUAUUCAGAACCGAGAUUGAUAACCGACACAAAAUUAAUAACUUGUGAACGCUUGCUAAUCGAUUUAGAAGAGAAAUCGACAACAUAUAAAAAAAAUUGACAACCUGUACACAAUUAACAACUUGUGAACGCUUGUUAAUCGAUUCACAAGUGAAAGAAGCAAGUUAGUUGUGAACACUUCGUACAUUAUUCAAAACUGACAAAGAUAAGGGGCACAAAAUUAACAACUUGUAAAUACUUGCUAAUCGGCUGUAAGUGACAUUUAACAAUUUGUGAACCAUUUAAAUACACAGAGGCAAAAUCAGGAAUAAUAUUUAUUCAAUUACUAUUUAAUCUUACUAUAGUAAUAAAGACAAUUCUGACUGUACUAUAACAAAUAUUUUAUUGAACAUGUGUGAUACAAAAUCUCGCAUGCGUAGUAUGUCUUCACACGAAUGACGUCAUGUUCCUAGCCAGGACGCUCAGCGUUCCAUCAAUUCUGUCAAAUUUAACCAUUUCCAGACGAAGUAAGUUGUGUUAUUUAAUUAAAAUUUGGUUAAUCACAAUAUAGAAAGGUAAUACAUGUAAUAAAUACAGAGCCACAUACCA